AUGAGUGCCUCCAAGGCGCAGUCUCAAAAGAUUUUUGAGAAGCUGAAGCUCAAGCCUGCAAACAAGAUUUGCUUUGACUGUGGCUCCAAAAAUCCAACUUGGUCCUCAGUGCCAUUCGGUAUCUACCUCUGUCUUGACUGCUCGGCUCAUCACCGCAACCUUGGUGUUCAUAUCUCCUUUGUUCGGUCCACGAACCUCGACCAAUGGCAAUGGGAGCAACUUCGAGUGAUGAAAGUCGGCGGUAAUGAGUCUGCGACGAAGUACUUCCAGACUCACGGUGGGUCAGCGGCACUCUCGAGCAAGGAUCCCAAGACCAAGUACACCUCCAAUGCCGCGGUUAAGUAUAAAGAGGAGUUGAAGCGUCGCGCUGCGCUUGACCAGCAACAAUACCCGGGCGAGGUCGUCAUAACAGAUAUCCCCGCAGGAACUCCAUCAGAUGGCUCUGCGACACCCGCUGGUGAUCAGGAUGAUGACUUCUUCUCUUCAUGGGAUAAACCCUCCAUCAAGCGGCCCAGCAACCCUCCAUCUCGCACCGGAACCCCACCUGUCGUGAGCCGCAACGGCUCCCCUUUCCUGAACGCCGGAACGGGCGCGAACGGUGCUCGCUCAAAGUCUCCCUUGUCCGCAUCUGAAGAGAAAGUUGCCUCGCCUGCUCCGACCGCUAUUCGCGCAAACUCGGCUGCCCGCAAGACCACCCCGGGCACUGCCGCGAAAAAGGGCAGCAUUCUCGGGGCUAAGAAGGCGCCUAAGCUCGGCGCCAAGAAGGUGGUGGCAAGUGAGAUUGACUUCGAUGAGAUGGAGCGCAAGGCCAAGGAGGAGGCCGAGCGCAUUGAGAAGCUCGGUUACGACCCCGAAGCCGAGCAGGCUGAAGCCAAGGCGGCCGCCACACCAGCUAUCACUGCCCCUACCCCCAUUAGCCCGACUCGUGGUGGAUUUGGAGCCACCAGCAAGUCGUCCCAAGAGCGUAACUCUGGCGAUGUCGAGAGGUUGGGCAUGGGAAUGAGCAAGCUCGGUUUUGGUCAGGUAUCGAAGCCCGCGGCUCCUAAGAAGCUUGGCUUUGGUGCCGUGGGCCCUGCCAAGUCCAACAUGGAUGAGGAAGAACUUGCCGAGGCGAAGAACCGCUUUGGCACUCAGAAGGGUAUCUCGUCUGAUGAAUUCUUCGGCCGUGAUCGUUUCGAUCCUAAAGCCCAGGCGGAAGCUAAGCAGAGACUGGGUGAAUUUGACGGUGCUACCUCCAUUUCCAGCAAUGCUUACUUCGGCCGACCGGAGGAUGAUUUGCCUGCAGGCGACGAUGGCUAUGGAGACCUGGAGAACGCUGCGAAGGACUUUGUCCGUCGAUUCGGAAUCACCGCUGGCGACGACCUCGAAAAUCUGACCCAGCUGGUCGGUGAGGGAGCCACGAAACUCCAAGGAGCCAUUCGCAGCUAUCUCAACAGCUAA